GUAACAUUCGGCACUAAAUUGAAAGACUGCUGGAGCAAACCUAAAAACCCCCCCGAAGAAAACACGUAAGCAGCAAUAAUUUAUUUCGCUGGAAGACUACUGGCUGCUGGAACAGAUUUUCCACUCUCGCAUAGGAGAAGCAAGAACUUAGAUUAAAAUGUUGGACCCAUCAUCGAGCGAGGAGGAGGCGGAUGAGGUUGUGGAAGAAGAGCGCAAAGUGGUGGCGGCGCCCAAGGCUGGUGGUCCUGGGGUGUCUCCAAGCAGGACCAGCGAAAGCUCUGGUGGUUUACAGCCAAGCCGAAGCACCAAUGCCCGUCCAACGAGUCCGUGCCCCUCCGUCGCGAUCGAGAAGGAAAAGGAUGAUUUGGAAAAGAUGCAAAGGGAGGAAGAGGAGAGAAAGAAAAGACUCCAGCUUUAUGUCUUUGUGAUGCGCUGUAUCGCCUACCCAUUUAAUGCGAAACAGCCGACGGACAUGGCGAGACGACAGCAAAAGAUCAGUAAGCAGCAGCUUCAAACAGUGAAAGAUCGUUUCCAGUCCUUCCUGAAUGGAGAGACUCAGAUUGUAGCAGAUGAAGCAUUCAUCAACGCUGUCCAAAGCUACUAUGAGGUGUUCCUCAAAAGUGACCGUGUGUGCCGCAUGGUCCAAAGCGGUGGUUGCUCAGCCAAUGACUCCCGUGAGGUCUUCAAGAAACACAUAGAGAAGCGUGUUCGCAGCUUGCCUGAGAUCGAUGGCUUGAGUAAGGAAACGGUCCUCAGCUCAUGGAUGGCCAAGUUUGACACAAUCCACAGGGGCGAGGAAGACCCACGCAAGCACCAGCAGCGCAUGACAGCCAGUGCUGCUUCAGAGCUUAUUCUCAGCAAGGACCAGCUUUACGAGAUGUUCCAACAGAUUCUCGGCAUUAAGAAGUUCGAACACCAGCUGCUGUACAAUGCUUGUCAGCUGGAUAAUCCUGAUGAACAGGCUGCCCAGAUCAGAAGAGAGCUGGAUGGACGACUCCAAAUGGCUGAUCAGUUCACAAGAGCUGGCAAGUUUCCUAAGUUUGUGUCCAGGGACAUGGAGGCCAUGUAUAUUGAGGAGCUGAAGUCAUCAGUGAACCUUCUGAUGGCCAACCUGGAGAGCAUGCCAGUAUCUAAAGGAGGAGAGUUCAAACUGCAGAAGCUCAAGAGAGGCCACAACACUUCCAUUAUAGACAUGGGCCAGGAAGAUGAGAAUCAGCUCUCCAAGUCUGACGUGGUUCUGUCUUUCACUCUGGAGGUGGUGAUUAUGGAGGUACAGGGUCUGAAGUCUUUAGCACCAAACCGAAUUGUUUACUGCACCAUGGAGGUGGAAGGGGGACAGAAACUGCAGACUGACCAGGCAGAGGCAUCCAAGCCAACUUGGGGGACUCAAGGAGACUUCACCACUACUCAUCCUCUCCCAGCGGUAAAAGUGAAACUUUUCACUGAGAGUACAGGAGUACUUGCACUUGAGGACAAAGAACUGGGACGGGUUGUGUUACAUCCAACACCUAACAGUCCCAAACAAUGUGAGCUCCAUAAGAUGACUGUUGCCAAAGGUUGCCCAGAUGACCUGAAGAUUAAAUUGGCUGUUCGUAUGGAUAAACCACAGAACAUGAAACAUUGUGGAUACCUCUGGACCAUUGGAAAAAACCUGUGGAAAAGAUGGAAGAAGAGAUUCUUUGUCUUGGUGCAAGUGAGCCAGUACACCUUUGCCAUGUGUAGCUACAGAGAGAAGAAAGCAGAACCUGUUGAACUUCUCCAAUUAGAUGGAUACACUGUGGACUACACCGACCCUCAGCCAGGUCUAGAUGGUGGUCGGACAUUCUUCAAUGCUGUGAAGGAGGGAGACACUGUGAUCUUUGCCAGUGAUGAUGAGCAAGAUCGAAUUCUUUGGGUUCAGUCGAUGUAUCGUGCCACGGGCCAGUCCCACAAACCCAUCCCCCCGACCCAGGUGCAGAAACUCAACUCAAAAUGUGGGGCAGCACCACAGAUGGACGCCCCCAUCUCUCAGUUCUAUGCAGACCGAGCACAGAAACAUGGAAUGGAUGAGUUCAUCUCUGCUAAUCCCUGCAAUUUUGACCACGCUUCGCUGUUUGAGAUGGUUCAGCGUCUGACACUGGACCACAGACUCAACGAUUCCUACUCCUGCCUGGGUUGGUUCAGUCCAGGUCAGGUGUUUGUUUUAGAUGAGUACUGCGCCAGGUACGGGGUACGGGGAUGUCACCGUCAUCUGUGCUACCUGAACAAUCUGUUGGAGAGGGCCGAGAAAGGGUCUAUGAUCGACCCUACACUACUGCACUACAGCUUUGCCUUCUGUGCCUCUCAUGUGCAUGGCAACAGGCCUGAUGGAAUCGGUACUGUCUCAGUAGAAGAGAAAGAACAUUUUGAAGAUAUCAAAGAACGACUGCGUGUGCUGCUUGAAAACCAGAUCACACACUUCAGGUAUUGCUUUCCAUUUGGACGACCAGAAGGAGCCUUAAAAGCCACGUUGUCGCUGCUUGAGAGGGUACUGAUGAAAGACAUUGUGACACCUGUACCUCAGGAUGAGGUGAAAGCAGUAAUCCGUAGAUGCCUAGAGCAGGCAGCUUUGGUUAACUACCAGCGUCUCUCAGAAUAUGCCAAGGUGGAAGUAGAGAAAACUCAGAAGGAUCCAGAAAAUGUAGGGCGCUUAGUCACACCUGCCAAAAAGCUUGAGGACACACUCCGUCUGGCCGAGUUGGUCAUAGAGGUGCUUCAGCAGAAUGAGGAACAUCAUGCAGAGGCUACAGGGCCACGUACAGGAGGUCAGGCGGCAUUUGCAUGGUGGUCAGAUCUGAUGGUUGAACAUGCUGAGACGUUUCUGUCUCUCUAUGCUGUGGACAUGGACGCAGCACUGGAGGUCCAACCCCCAGACAGCUGGGACAGCUUCCCACUCUUUCAGCUGCUAAAUGACUACAUGCGCACUGACUAUAAUUUGUGUAAUGGGAAGUUCCAUAAGCACCUGCAAGACUUGUUCGCCCCUCUGGUGGUGAGGUAUGUGGAUCUAAUGGAGUCCUCUAUAGCUCAGUCUAUACACAGAGGAUUUGAACGAGAGUCUUGGGAACCUGUCAAGAGUUUAACAAGUAAUCUGCCCAGUGUCAACCUACCAAAUGUGAACCUACAAAUGCCUAAAGUACCAAAUCUACCAGUGUCAGUUAAUCUUCCGGCAAUGCAAAUGCCUAGCUUUUCCACCCCCAACUGGAUGCCGGGUUUAUCAGAAACAGAUAAUGGUUCAGGGACAUCAGAAGAUUUGUUUUGGAAGUUGGAUGCCCUGCAAACUUUCAUCAGAGACCUGCACUGGCCAGAAGAAGAAUUCGCAAAACACCUAGAGACCCGACUCAAACUCAUGUCCAGUGACAUGAUCGAGUCCUGUGUAAAAAGAACCAGAGCAGCCUUUGAGUUGAAACUGCAGAAGAGUCCACGCACCACAGAUUUCCGUGUCCAGCAGUCUUUAUGCACCAUGUUCAAUGUCAUGGUGGACGCAAAGGUCCAGUCUGCCAAAUUAUGUGCCAUGGAGCUCAGCCAAGAGAGACAGUACCACUCGCAAAUUGACAAUCUCAUAGAGGAGACGGUGAAAGAAAUGAUUACUUUACUCGUGGCAAAGUUUGUUGUAAUCCUCGAGAGCGUUCUGGCUAAGCUGUCACGUUACGACGAGGGCACGCUGUUUUCCUCCUUUCUGUCAUUUACAGUAAAAGCUGCUUCAAAAUAUGUGGAUGUACCUAAACCUGGGAUGGAUGUUGCAGACAGCUAUGUGACAUUCGUUCGCCACUCUCAGGAUAUCUUGCGGGAUAAGGUCAAUGAGGAGAUGUAUGUAGAAAGGUUAUUUGAUCAAUGGUACACCAGCACAAUGAAUCUCCUGGGCACAUGGCUAACAGACCGUAUGGACCUGCAGUUGCACAUGUAUCAGCUGAAAAUCCUCAUCAGAAUUGUAAAGAAAAAGUAUCGUGAUUUCCGACUACAAGGAGUGUUGGACUCCACCCUGAACACCAAGAUGUAUGAGACAGUGAGAAACAGGCUGAUUCUUGAAGAGGCUACAGUAUCUGUGAGAGAGGGAGGGAUGCAAGGAAUAUCCAUGAAGGACAGCGAUGAGGAAGAUGAUUAGAUCCCAUCGAAGACAAUUAGGUGUGGACUGUUUGGUCAGCCAUGUUUAUCAUGUCCUAAAAUUAUGCAUGUACACUGCUGUCUUUCACUUGAACAUGUUUGGAUGUUAUUAAUGUCAUGUUUUAUGACAGACAAGGGACCAACUUCAAUUACAAUGAUGGAACUAAAAAGUAUAUUAAACUCAAUUCAGAUGACAAAAAACAAACAAACAAUACCAAUUAAAUUAUUGACAUUGUUUAAAGUUCUUUGGAGAAAAAAAUGUCUGAAAAUGUAUUCCUAAAUGUUUCUAAGCAAUAUGGAGUACCAUUUGUAAACAAUGUUGUGUGAGAUGGCAAGGAAUAAUGCUUGUUGUGUCCCUGCUCAAUGCAAACUGUAUGGCGCUUCUUACACGUUUUGUAAAUACAUUAAAGGUACAUAACUGUG